CACUGACCUGCUCUACUAGAAUCUCUACAUUAUAGCAAUAGCAUAAUGUUAUUAAUUACGUCAUGUGUGGAAGUUGUGUGCAGUAAUGCCAAGGGCGAGAACAGUGGAAAUCAGCAUCAGAUGUUUAUAUGUUGGCUAUUCUGGCAGUUGAUUGUUCGAGCUGCCAUAUUGCGGAUUUAGUAUAUUUUUGUACUUGCCAACACUCACGGAGUGCAAAGGGCUGCGAAGGUGAAAGUGAUUGAGGGUGAAAGUGUAACAACCGGUGUCGGUGUGACAAUUUAUAUUUUUAAGAAAUGAGGGACGAUGACGUUAGGUAUUGAUGCUAAGAAUUUAACGUAAGGAAGUGUUGCGGAAGAAUUAAGGAAAGAUAUAUCAAGUAACUUCCUCUUCAAGGACGCGUGUGAUUUUUCACCGACUGAAGUUGUUUAUCUCAAACGUCUGAUUCUGUCGUUUUCAUCAAGAAUGACCUCGAAUGGAAACGGUGUUGAUCGGUAUAUUUAUAAUCUACCUUAUGCUCAGCACCAAGAACUUUGUCGGAUAUUGGACAGAGAUAUGACCUGGGAGGAGCUAGGUGGAAAGUAUAUGAAUUAUGAUAUGAGUAUCAUAUUAGACCUUAGGCGUGAUGAUCAGCGUGGCAAGUCUCCUACCAGUCAAUUGUUAACAAUGUGGGGCCAACAAAAUCAUACUGUCCUCCAGCUUUUUGUCUUAUUAUCUAAAAUGCAUCAUUAUCAAGCAAUGACAGUCUUAAAACCAUUAGGCAAGUAUAAUCUGCACAUCUUAAAUAGAUUUGAUCCUAGAUACCAUGAUUUGAUUUACGAAGGUGAAGAAAAUGUUAGGUUCUUUGAUGAUGAAGAUGGCAAUUCAGCCUCUGAUUCUCCCCGUCAGGACCAGAAUGCUAAUGAUGGCGCUGCAAAUGCUAGAGCUUUGCCUCAGUCUCAUUCAUCUGAAGAUAAGAACAUGAAUGUUUGGGGUGAUAAUUUGAAUCGCCGAGAUGCCCCACGAGAUAUGGGUAGAGAUAAGAUGCUUUUAAUGCCAGAACAACCUGAAAGGAAAAUUAUAAAUAAACCAAUGCCUUUGGCCUCGAGUAAAAAUGAUAGCAACGAAGGUAACAUACGUGCUCCUCGAAUGACUGUGGAUGCUCCAAGCUCAGAUGUACCUCCGGUACAGUCACCUCCAGUUCCUGUCCAAAACAUGGGUGCAAAACAGAGAAGAGAAGGAAAAGAAAAUAACCCCACACCUCAGGAGAGAAAGCUGUCAUGUGCUUCUGAUGUUUCCACAGUUGCAGAGUCUAUUCCAUUAAUUCCUUAUUUAGAAUUGGAAUCAGCUACUCAGGGCUGGGACAAAACUACUAUAAUAGGAAAGGGUGGAUUUGGCACAGUGUUUAAAGGAAACUGGAAAAAUACUUUGGUGGCUAUAAAAAAAAUUGAGCAGAGAGGGGCUGAAUCAGCAGAGAGCCAUCAAGCACAAAUGGAACAAUUAUUGCAGGAGCUUCGCAUUCUCAAUUCUUGCCGGCAUGAUAAUAUACUUCCUUUGUAUGGCUUCAGCAUGGAUGGCACAGAGCCAUGUCUUGUUUAUCAAUUUAUGCCUAAUGGCUCAUUAGAAGAUCGUCUUCUGUGCAGGCAAGGUACACUUCCACUUUCUUGGAUUCAGAGGCACAACAUAGCUCGUGGCACAGCUCGAGGAUUGCAAUUUUUACAUGUGAAACCUUUUAUUCACGGUGAUAUCAAAAGUGCCAACAUACUACUUGAUAAAAAUGUUGAACCACGAAUUGGAGAUUUUGGAUUGGCUCGAGAUGGCCCUCAGGGGCACUAUACACACAUGAAAAUAAGUCGUAUCCAUGGAACUUUAGCUUACUUGCCCAUAGAUUUUCUAAGGAACAAACAGUUGUCUACAAAAGUGGACACUUACAGCUUUGGUAUUGUAAUGUUUGAAUUAGCUACUGGCUUAAGAGCAUUUGAUGAGAAACGACCGGAGAAGUUCCUGAAAGAUUUUAUUGAGAAAUACCCAAACAAUGUUUUGGAGCUCUCGGACAAAAAGCCUGGCUUAGUAAAUCAUUUAGUGUUUGAUUAUUUGAUGGAGUUAGCCAAGCGCUGUGUAUGUAGUCAGGCCAGAGAACGGCCUGAAAUGGAGGAGGUGCUGAAAAAUUUGGAAGCUCAUUAUUGCAGACUAGUGGAAAGAGUUCAUCAUCCGCAGCCUCCUCGGAGUCCUGUGCCUCCUAUUUUUGUUGUGAGACCAGAUGCUCAUGCUGCUUUCAUGCAAGUCCCAGGGCUUCCGCAUGUUCCACCUCACUGCUUACGUCCUGCUGCUUCUCCAGUCCCUAUUCCUUAUUUGAAUGCACCACAAGAUGGCCACAUUUCUGUGCCUGAUGGGGGGCCAGAGGACUCCCAUUCAUCAGUUGAAUCCUCUGAGGAAGUUGAUGGAGCAGUGUCUAAUUUACCUGCUGUUUCUUCACAAAGUUCUCCACCUAGUAAUGCGGUCCUUCCUCUUCUCUCAGAAUUGGGAACUAAAGACAGCAAAGAGAGCCAAGAAAUUCCUCCUUCUCAAGUAGAACCUGGAAGCAUAUCUCGGAUAUCUCCGAACAGAUCGAGUAGUGUUCCAUCACCUAAAAUAACUGCUAAAGGAAAGAGACCCCUCUGUGGUGAUCUAUCACAUUAAAUUUUUGAAUGUUCUGGAACAACAUUCAAGUUUUAUUGGAAUACUUUUCCGAUAUUCUGUUGGCUAAAGUUCUUAUGAGUGCACUUUUUUAGUCGAAAUUUGCAUGAGUAACUUUUGACCAAAGACAUUACACAAGUUCAGUGAAAAGUCAAAAGUUACACAAGUUUAGCCAAAAGUUACUCGUGUAGCUUUACAUUCCUCUGUAUUUUUAAUCGGAAAGGCAAAUUAAUAAAUUCAUUGUUAUAUUUUAAUAAUAUUUUAUAAUUAGUAUCAUGGCAGUUUCAUUAAUUUUUUUGAAGUUGAAGAUAAGAUGCACAAAGCAAAGCUUCUGUGAUUGGAUUUUGAAAUCUGUUACAAUUUGUUUUGCACAAAGAAUAGGUUCCACAUUCACUACUAUAUAAUAGUUCAGCAGUUGCAAAAAGUGUUAAUUUGAAAGUUGAAUUUCAGACUGUAAUUGUUACUUUUACUUCUGCAAUUUACGUUCGAUCCUUGUACAUAUAUCAAAGGAUAUAAAUAUUGUAUAAAAAUAUGAGAUAACAUGGAUAUGCUGACACUGUGCACUGAAAACUGUAUCAGUGUUGUUUAAAAUGGUAGAAUAUGCUCCAAAUUUAAAUUGGAUUGUUUUUUUGUUUUGAAGCAUUCCAUGCAACAGUAGACAAAAAUGCAUUUAAUUUGAUGUAAUGGUGCUGUUUUAAUAUUGUAAGUAGUACAAAAAGUGUAUGUAGUUAUAAUGAACAAAAAAUUUAACUCUUCUUUGUGCCUGUGAGUAUUUUUAAAAUUGUUCUGGAGAUAUAUAUCAGUAACUAAUGUUUGAACAAUGUUAGGAAUGAAUUGGAAUUAGUAAAGAUUUUUAUUUUUGGAACAUAUGUACAGCUUUUUUCUACAAUUGGAUUAGUAAAAGAUGAUAUUUGCAUAUAUAUAUAGAGAUAUACAUUGUAUUGUUUUAUUUUAGAAUGAGAGGCACAAGUUAUGGUGCGGUGAGAAUUAAAUUUGUUAUUAAUUUCAAAUAUUUAUGAUAGUAUGAAUGAAAUGUCUAUUUUUAAUAAAUGUAAUUAAAUGUUGCAAAUUUAUCAUGUGUUUCCCUUUAUUUCAAGUAUUGAAUUUUAUGCCAAGCUUAACAUUGCUACACUACUUAAAAAAAUAAUUAAAUAUGACUUCAGUUUGAACAUGCUAUUCUUAUUCUUGUUCAUUUUGUUUUUAGUUAAGAAAAUUAAUUUGUAGCUUUUUUUUGUUUU